GUGAAAGAGCAAUCACAAAAAAAAAACAGUAAUACAGUAACGCGAAGACAAUGAGAGAGAACCAACCAAAGUAAAAGAGAUUGAGCCACUCUCUCUACUCUCUCUCUUGGUUGGUUCACCCUUUUGCUUCCUUCUUCUUCUUCCGUUCUUCAUUCAGAGACUGAAGAAGUUGUUAUUGUUGAUCGGAAUCAAUGAGUGCACCAGGACAAGCACAAGUUCAAGCACAAGUUCAAGGGAUUGAUGAAGCGGUGCUGGAUGACAUUAUCCGCCGACUCACCGAGGUCAGAUUGUCGCGUCCCGGAAAGCAAGUUCAGCUAUCUGAGGCUGAGAUCAAGCAACUUUGUCUUGCUUCUAGAGAUAUCUUCCUUCAACAACCUAAUUUGCUUGAACUUGAAGCCCCUAUCAAGAUUUGUGGUGACAUUCAUGGGCAGUACAGUGAUUUGUUAAGGCUCUUUGAGUAUGGGGGUUUACCUCCAAAAUCUAAUUAUCUCUUUUUAGGGGACUACGUGGAUCGUGGCAAGCAGAGCUUAGAAACCAUAUGUCUUUUGCUUGCUUAUAAAAUCAAAUAUCCUGAAAACUUUUUCCUUCUGAGGGGAAAUCACGAGUGCGCUUCCAUUAAUAGGAUAUAUGGAUUUUACGAUGAAUGUAAGCGAAGGUUUAACGUGAGGCUUUGGAAAGCCUUUACCGACUCUUUUAACUGCCUUCCCGUUGCAGCUCUCAUAGAUGAUAAGAUAUUGUGCAUGCAUGGCGGUCUUUCCCCCGAUCUCACUAAUUUGGAUCAAAUCAGAAUUCUGCCUCGUCCAGUUGCUAUCCCUGACACUGGUUUGCUCUGUGAUUUGCUUUGGUCUGAUCCUGGUAGAGAUGUGAAGGGUUGGGGCAUGAACGAUAGAGGAGUGUCCUACACCUUUGGUCCUGAUAAAGUGGCUGAAUUUUUGACAAUGCAUGACUUGGACCUUAUUUGCCGUGCUCAUCAGGUCGUAGAGGAUGGAUAUGAAUUCUUUGCAGACAGGCAACUUGUUACGAUUUUUUCAGCUCCAAACUACUGUGGUGAAUUUGACAAUGCUGGUGCAAUGAUGAGUGUUGACGAAAACUUGAUGUGCUCCUUCCAGAUUCUUAAACCUGCAGAGAAAAAAACAAAGUUCGUGAUGUCAAACAAGAUGUGAUGGUUGCCACAUCACUAUUCCUUAAUUAACUAAGAUGUAUUCGUCAGGUUAAAUUAAGCUCGGAAAGACGUAGAUUUGCAUGGUCAGUUGUAUCGAUUCUGAGGUGAUGAUGAUAUUCAAAGAUCCAUGGCAUAAUAUAACGGUUACAUAAUGUUAAAGCUCUUGUGGUUGACCAUAAUAGCAAAGGUUUUUAUUUACCUUUUAUUCUGUUCAUUUAUAUUUUUAAAUUAUGCUACAACGCGAUAUGUACAUAUAUGUGUUGUAGAUGAGUUUGGGAAUGGGUUACUUUGUUCUCAAAGGUAGUCUGAUUAUUAGACAAUAUCAAGUUAAAAUGAUAGAGAAGUUUGUGUUGUUUGUGACGAUGAUUUUCACCGAUUUUAUUCCGAUAAAGAUGUCAUUGGUGGAUUA